AUGGAGAAACGAUCUAAGUGGAAACUGUUCUCCAAGGACAAGAGCAAGAGUCCCACCAAUGGCCCUGGCUCAGGCUUCCAGCAAGACCCUAGCAAUCACAACAGACUCGAUGUCCCCGACGCAGAUGUUGCUGAGCCCACGAGCUCUCUGACGACGGAGGGUAGCUCGAACGCCUCGACAACUUUAACAAAUCCGUCCUCGAACAACACGUCUAAUCCCGGACACGAGAACGCCGACAAUAGGAACGGUCUCACUUCAGAUGGAUCAGGAAGCCAGACCCAAGACACGGCAGCGCUGAACAAUCCCACAAUCAGACGUGAAACCCACACGAACUCUAGCACAGGCCAGACUGUGACGACAACGACGACGACCACAACAACUACAACAACAGUCACCGGACCAAAUGGAACAACAAUUGUCCAGGAACCUCGAGCUGGCGCCGCUGAACUUCCCGCAGCUAGUACUCCAGAACCUGAACAACAGGCUGCUCCCAAUGCCACCGAAGCUGGUCUUCGGCCGGCUCCCCUAGCACUACCUUCACGAUCCCCAAACAACGAUGCCCAAGAUCCACCACCUAGGAAAAGCUUAGAAACACCUGGGCGCCGUAUCAUUCCACCUCGCGAGCCUUUGACAUCACCCUCUGCGCAUGGCGCCAAUGAUUCCAUCGCGACACCACCAGUGCCUGAGCGCAGCACAAAUAGGCAUCAGAAUUUCUCAUACCCAGGGAGAAAUCACUCCCCGCCCGAAACCUAUUUCGGAGAAGGGCCAAAGGAAACUCGUUCUACCUUGGAGAGUCUAAAAUCAGCGGCCGUGGGCAUCCAUAUCUACGAUGCUAAAUUUCUUAAGGGGGUCGGCGAGACGCUCCGAGGGACCCUGAAUGACACGGUAGAUCGCCGUUUCGGCAACCAGCAAGCGAGAGACAAGAACCAGGCGGCCAUUGACGCCGGUAGGUUCGAGAUAGAGCAGCGCCGAUUCUACCAGCCAUACAGAGCAGAGGACGGACGCCAGGCGGAGGACCAACAGGAGAGAGCACUGGAGCAGCAGGAACAGCUCCAGUCAGGGUCCGCUCCAGACGCCGCUAACGCCGCGGACCGGGCCAGCUGGGGCACAUUUGGGGCCCCUGACAGAGAUGCGGGAUCCAGCAGUAAAUUAGGGAAGCUGUUUAGCAAGGCGGCGCCACUUGUGUCAAGAGAAUCGGUGGACAGCACUGCGCAGGUGGAACCUCCCAAGGAGAGGACGAGGCUGCGCAAGAGGAGUAGUUCUGUGCUUGGUGUAGUCCAGGAGUGA